UGUCUGCAGGUUGAGCUGCAGCCCCGUGCCGAGAUGCUUCUGGCCGUGGUCCUUGUCUCCUCCCUCCUGUUCUGCUCCGUAGCAGCCCAGGGGUGUCUGACCCGGGCAGGGGUCAGGGAUGUGGACUUCCUCAUCCACAGUCUACAGGAUGAUCCGCUUUCAAAAUGCGACUGCAGCACCAACGUGACCGGUUGCUUGUGUCUGCCCAUCCCGUCUGACAACUGCACCACGCCGUGUUUCCAGGAGGGGCUAUCCCAGGCGGCCAACUCCAAGGCACAUGCAAAACUCUCGCUGAUUUUCAACCGCGUGAGAAGAACGGUGGAAGCCUUGAAGAGCAAGUGUCCGCUUUUCUCCUGUGAGCAGCCCUGCAACCAAACCACGGCGGGCACCACGGUGACGUUCCUGAGGACGCUCCUGGAGGUCUUCCAGAAAGAAGCAAGGCCGGGGAUGACAGCCAGGACGUGAUGAGGAGAUGUUAUUUAUUCUAUUUAUUGCAUGGCAGAAGCCUUCUCUUUAGGGGUUGUGAUUGUAGGAAUCAAGUAAGCUAUUCUGAGUCCGUUGUGAACAUUCACAAUUCUCUUUAUUUUGGAAUAAAUAUGCAUGAGAAAAGGCACACGAGCUACUCUCUGGCACUUGCUUAGCCCUGUCUGCUCAGAGCAGAGACAUCCAAGCCCCUGGAGGAGGGGCAGAGCCUAUGAUGAUAAAGACACGGGGCCGGCGCUGUGGCUCAAUAGGCUAAUCCCCCACCUUGCGGCGCCGGCACACCGGGUUCUAGUCCCGGUUGGGGCGCCGGAUUCUGUCCCGGUUGCCCCUCUUCCAGGCCAGCUCUCUGCUAUGGCCAGGGAGUGCAGUGGAGGAUGGCCCAGGUGCUUGGGCCCUGCACCCCAUGGGAGACCAGGAAAAGCACCUGGAUCCUGGCUCCUGCCAUCGGAUCAGCGCAGUGCGCUGGCUGCAGCGGCGGCCAUUGGAGGGUGAACCAACGGCAAAGGAAGACCUUUCUCUCUCUGUCUCUCUCUCUCACUGUCCACUCUGCCUGUCAA